AAUAUGAUAUUGCAUUGAAAUUUUUGACGCCCAGAAAAUUCCAAAAAGGUGGAAGAGAAACGAGUAGAGAGACGGUGAUGAAGAGGGAAACCAGCGCGGUGUCACCGCCGUCAUCCCGGCGAGAAAACGCGCCGGAAAAAAUUCACGCCAAGACCAUCGGCUGCAUGUCUGGCAUUUUCCACCUCAUCUCCCGCUCCAACAGUCGCCGCCAACGCCGCUUCCUCACUUUCGGUAACAAGAAGAAUCCUAAGAAUAAUUCUUCUUCCGCCGUUUCCUCUAUCGCCGCCGGAGAAAUAUCAAAAGAGGAGAAGACUUCCGAAGUUGCCGCCAGCCGGAAAUCGAUAUCGCCGUGCGAGGUGCCGAGAAGCCCGACGUUACCCGCGGAGAUUCGCCAGUCUCGUGCGACAAAGCCUCAAUCGCCGACCGCGGAGAGUCGCUUGCCGGCUUUGGUGGCGAGGUUGAUGGGACUGGACGAAGCACCGGAACCUGUGCCGGCGGAAUCGGUGGUGGAGAAAAGAUGA